AUGAAGAGCGCCGUGCCGUUCGGAUUCCAGGAGAAAACGACGCCGAUUCAGUCUCCGCAAAAUGCAGAUCUCUCCGACGCUGUCCUGUCGCGCCUGUGCUCGCCCUCCUCGCUCUCUUCGACGGGCACUGCGCUCUCAAGGCCCCGAGCAGCCGCGCACGGGCGAGAACCUGUGCACUCCCGCAACUUCCUGGCCGCGCAGGCUUCGAAAUCUCGUAAACGCAAGUCCUGGCUUCUGAGCCAGCUGCCGGAGGACAACGACGCGUCCCCGCCCUUCGCAGAUGUCAAGAAGAAGGAACGUCCAACCCCCGUCUCUUCCCUGUCCCGGAAUCCCAAUUCCCCUCGACGCCUCUCCCUCUCUUCUUCGGCCUCGCGGUCGCGAUCGUCUUCGUCUUCUUUCCGGUUCCCCUCUACGCAUUCUCCAUCUGGAGCGGUGCCCGGUGAAAACAAGUUAUUUCUCUGUACACCUGGCCGCACGGCUCUGGCGUCGCCUUCUGUGUCCCAGCGCGCAAUUGCGUACGCACUCUGCGCUCCGCAUGCAUCCACGCCGUCGCUGAAGGCCGAUGGCGACUCGCCACUCCCUUCCCUCGACGCGCGCCAUGCGCAGCUGUCCUCGGGGCAGCUUGGGCCUUUCUCUUCGUCGCGGAAACGCUUCGGGUCGCCGCUCUUUGUCUCGCCCUCGCUCACCCGCGUUUCGCCCAUGACGCUCAAGAAGCCACGGACAGAGAACCGCCGCCAAAAUGUCCCCAUCGUGGAAGACCCGGACGGCGCGUUCAGCGAACGGAGACACAAAUCGAGGCUCGAUCGGCAGGGGCAACAGGGCGACGCGGGAGAAAGCGACGCUCAAGAGGGAAGCGAGAGAAAGCCGAUGCGCGGCGCCGAGAAGGCUAGCCUCGCACCCCCCUCGCUCUGCGCCCCGCCUCUCCUGACUCCUCCGAUGCUUUCGCCGGCACAAGGCGACGCGGGAAGCCUCCACGGCGAAGAGAACGAAGAGCCGAACCCUCCGCGCGUUUCCUCUGCACUGCGACGCUCUGCAAGCUUCGCUGACCAGCCGUUCGAGGUGUCUGCAUCUCACGGCCAAACUCCACGGGGGCACCUGUUUUGCGUGCCAGCGUCUUCAAUGCAUGCGUGGUCCAGCUCUUCCGGCGACAGCCUCCGAAAACGAUUGACCGGAAUCACGAGUUUCCAGCUGCCUCGGCGCUCGACAGGAGACGAGAGCCGUGCGGAAGCCUCGCAAGAAGAGAGAAGCGGCGUCUCCGGACCGUCCCCGCCCCAGGCGCCGCGGCGGUCUCUCCCGUCGCAGGCGUUUUCCGGCGAGGCUUCAGGGGACCGAUCCUCGUUUCUGCUGGCUGCGGGCGUCCUCAGCGGCUCUUGCCUCCACUCGCCUUCUGCAAACUCCUCCCUGCUUCCUGCCGUCUCGCCGGGAUUUUCCAGGCAGGACGAAGAACGAGAAGAGGUGAAGCCGAGAGACUCUCGGGAACCCUCGGCUUCGACGGGUUCCACGAGGCAGUCCGACGCCUCGGCUGUUCUUCGGACUCUGUCGCGGCCUUCGCUCUCCUCGUGGCUGCCGUCGUACGGCGGAGCGGGACGAGAACCAGGCGACGGUCGAGGAGGCGCAAAGCGACGCGCAACGCAGGCGUCGGUUGCCGCGCUGGCCUCCAGAGAAGCGACAGAGGCGCCUUGCAGAGACAUGAGAACAGGCAACCCUGGCGAUGAAGCGGCAAGCGAAACGAGAGGAACACAGGCCGCGGGAGAGAAACAAGGCGAGGAAGAGACACAAGGCGAGGUACGCGAAAGCUCGAACGGACCCUGGCAGCCAAGAAGGAUGUCGAUUGGCAAUCUUUUCUCGAUGGUUUCGUCCAGCGUUCGUUUGCUGUCGAAGGCAGCGCCCACGCUGGCCACCACCGCGCGUCUGUCGCUUCAGCGCGACACAGAGAAGGACACACGCCCAGCGGGGGGCGAAGCAGAGACGCACGGAGGAUGGAACGGUGAAGCACCGAAAGGGAACGGAUGCGAAGCAGGAAGCGGCGGCGGGCAGCGAGCGCCGGCGACGGAAGCAGGAGAGACGGACGACAGCGAAAGGGAAGACGAAAGCGGAGAAGGAGAGGAAAACAUGCAGGGGAAAGAGAACGAAGACAAUCGAUGCAGCAUCUCCUUAUCGGAUGUCGAGGACGGCCCAAGGGAGAACAGCCGGCAGCGUCCUUGCGACGCCGCUGGACGAUUGAAGGCUGAAGGUCGAGAUCUCGAGAGACUCGAUUCCUCUCUGGCUUCCUUUGAUUCGUUGUCGCCUUCAGUUGCUCAGCCUCUCUCGGCUCGUCCUGUUGGCGAUCCUCCAUCGUCUGUGUCCUCUGCCCCUUCCGCCGUCCAGCAUCUUUCGUCCUCUUCUCUCUCUUCUCUCUCUUCUUCCUCUUCUUCCUCUUCUCUCUCGUCGUCCUCUUGUUCUUCUCUCUCCUCAUCCUCUUCUUCUCUCUCCUCAUCCUCUUCUUCUCUCUCUUCUUCCUCUUCUUCUCUCUCCUCUUACUCUUCUCCUGUCUCCUCUUCCUCUUCUACCUCUUCUUCUCUCUCCUCUUCCUCUUCUACCUCUUCUUCUCUCUCCUCUUCCUCUUCUUCGUCCUCUUCUUCCUCUUCUCUCUCUUCUUCCUCUUCUUCUCUCUCCUCAUCCUCUUCUCUCUCUUCUUCCUCUUCUUCCUCCUCUGGUUCUCUCUCGCCUUCCACUUGUCCCACCGGCACUUCGCCUUUCUCGAGUCAGCUGUUGCUUCCCACUCUGCCGCCGCCGCUGUCGAGGAACCGCCGACGGCGUUCAAGUGGCGCCGCUGCGUUGCUGUUCCUGAGCGGUAACGCAGGGCCGGCAUCCUUUCAUGCGUCGUUCUUGAAGAACCGGACGCAGCGGGGAGAAGACCAUCUCCCCACUUCGCUUAGGAAGGCGGCACGAAUCUCGGAGGGUGGCGAAGCGGCGAGACGCGCCGCGGAGCCGGCGCUGGACAGCGAAGGGCGCGAAGGCGAAGACGAGAACAGGAUCGGCGCGGACGAACAAGAGAGCACAGGUCGCCUGGCGACGGCGGAGGCGAAGGAUGGACCGUCCCUCCUUGAUGGAGAAGAGACAGAACAAGAGAGGAGGGUUCGCGCAGGGAGGAGAACAAGGAGGCGGCUAACCGAGGCAGCGUUCAGUGCGGGAGGCGACGACGAUUUAUUGACUGCAGCGCUCUGCUGCUUUGGACCGGCCUUGACGGAAGAGGAAACGAAGCAAAUGCGACAGCGAGAAGAAGCGAGGCGAGCGCAGGAAGAAGAACGCAGGAGGCGCGAGGAGGAGCGCCGUCGGCAAGAGCAAGAAGAAGAACGAAGACGCCUCCAGGCAGAAGAAGAGAGAAGGAAAGAAGAAGAGAGAAGGAACGAAGAAGAGAGAAGGAAAGAAGAAGAGCGAAGGAAAGAAGAAGAGAGAAGGAAAGAAGAAGAGAGGAAGAAACUUGAAGAGCGAGAACGGCUGCGGCAGCGCCAGGAAGCAGAACCAGUCAAGUCCCAGGGCCAUGGGACACGUCUCUUUUCUUCCUCGCCUUCGACGCUUUCGCCAGUUAGCGGCCUGUCUGCGGUCGUGCCGUCCACGGCGCGUGGAGCUUCGCUUGCGACAGCCCCCGCCUCUCUCGCUCUCGGCGUCGCUCUCCCUCCGUCGACGGCGGCGCCUCCUCCGCAUCCAGGCCUUGCCUCGGACCCGAACUCGGCAAGCUUCGGUUCGCAGCCUUCGGGGCCUCCGCGCCGCCCUCGGCUGCGAAUCAGGAGAACUUUGGGAUCAAAUCCAGAGAACGCAGGCAAUGCGACGGAGACGUCGGGCUCCGCCCCUCCGCCUUUCGCCUUCCCCCCCCCAACUGCCUCGGCGCCUCUCACAGGCGGGGCAGGCCUGCAACGCAUCUCUGCGCCUCCAGCCCCGUUCCCUUCUGUCGCUUCUGCCCCUCCGUCCCCUUCUGCUGUCUCUCCUGUCCCUUCUCCUUCUCCUGUCUCUUCUCCUUCUCCUGUCUCUUCUUCUCCUGUCCCUUCUUGUUCUCCUUUCGCUCCGUCUGCUGUCCCUCCUUUCCCUUCUUCCGCGCCUUUCCCUUCUUCCUCUCCGUUCGCUCUGCCGACACAGCCUGUUGCGCCCUUCUCUUUCGGUUCUUCUGGACCCGCGGCAGGGGCGGGCGCCCGUUCGGAGCAGGGACUGGAAGCCGCGGGGUUCGGCAGUUCGACGCGCUUUGUGCCCGGAGGGAAUGCGCAGACCGCCGCGAGCGCGUUCGCGUUUCGGCCCGGGGGCGGCUUUCGAGGCGGGCGGAGAGGCGGCCGCGGCCGGCGGUAA